AUGCCUUCAAUCAUCCAUAGUCCUCGAUCAGUCCAGUCUCUUCAAAGUAUCGUUGAUCAGACACCGUAUUCGGUGAUUGUGAAGGCUGCUGGCCUAUUUUGUCGAAAGUUUCCCGAGCUAUCAUUCCUGCACUUUCCUACUUUCAUCACGGCUCCCAGGAAACAAGAACUUCAAAUCGCUGCAAUGCUCACCCUGUGCCAGAGAUUCAUGCCCAGUAGCGAACUCAUGUUUACGGAGGAGGAAUAUGCCAAUUACACCCAGAACUGUCUGUCUCGGGUGCCCAAGGAUCCCCCCAGCAUAAGCACUGUUCACGCACUACUAACAAUGUCUAUGUAUGAAUGGGGUGGUGGUAAUGGCUACGGAGCCUGGAUGUACAGUGGGAUGGCAAAUAGGAUGAUGCAAUGUCUAAUUGUUUUUAUGACGGAUCAUGUGCAUACUGAAACGGAUCGCCAGAUUCAAAAUCGCACAUUCUGGGGAUGCUUCAUCAUGGAUCGUCUUGUCUCCUGUGGUAGAUCGGAAUCGGCUACUCUUUCAUUGGACAAAAUAUCUACUCACCUGCCCAGCGGGGACCUGGAUUUCGCAUUUGGGUCAUCACCCCUAUCAAGAUAUACAUUCAGAGAUGUUCGCUGUAACAUUAGUCUUUCACGGUCUCUAGGCGUGAUUGAUACUUACUACUGUGUUUUGAUCAGGGGCUUUGAUAUUUGGGCACAAACGCACAAGUUUAUUAUUGAGGGUGGAAGAAAGCAGCUUGGAAUGAACAACCCGGAAAAUUGUCCAUGGGUUCACGGGUCACGCUGGAGAGGUAUCUACGAUACUCUCGAAGAUUGGAGAUCAUCACAGAGUGAUCGACUGAAGUACCCGUCUACUCCAGUUGCUAUAAAUGUAUCAUUAGGCCAAGGCGAGUCGUUCGCCUACGUCAACUUGGUAUACUAUAUCAGCCUUUUAUUCUUGAAUCGGGAAUAUAUCCCAUUCCUUCCCACCUUGAACUCAAAACCACAAGGCCCGGUAGAUCCUCCCGUCCUUCCGGCAGUGGCACCCACAAAUUGGUGGAGUGACAGAGCAAGGGAACUAUUCUAUUGCGCAGAAGCUAUAACCCUGAUUCUUCAGGAACUUAUAGACCUGGAAAGUCCACUAUUAACACCAUUCUCAGGUCUUUGUACAUUCUCUGCAGCGACAAUGAAUUUGUAUGUGUCGGCAUUUCCUAGUAUGAACCUUGGAAGAAGCCCCAACGCUACUGCUAUGGCAAAACUAAACAUUAUCCAUCUCAAUGAGUUCAAGCGUCUUUUCAAAAUGGGAAAAAGAUGGUGGUUAAUUAUCGAAAGCACGCAACUGCUGUAUCAAGGAGCCAUUGCCGAUCGAGCUCGGUUUCAUGGAAAGACGCGGUGCGAUUUCCUGGCCUUGGAAGCCUCCAUGCACGAUGCCUUGGGUAACUCGCCAAUCCACCAUGACAGCUUCACCCAAGGGCCUAGCUACCCCGUGCAAGACAAGAUAUCUGGGCAAUCAGCACUGGAUCAUUCUGCAGCCAUCAACCUUCAAGAAUUGUCUGCAAACGGCAUAUCCCAACCAUCCCAACCACAAGAACCCCUUGAGAUGGAUCAUACGUAUGACCCUUGGAUCGAGCUAUGGCCGAUGUGUGACGAGUUCGAUUUCAACCCUACCUAA